AUUCUCUUCGAAUUUCCCACACAUCCCAAUCUAACUCUCCCAUCCCAGCAGCUAGUCCAUUGCCACAUCUACACCACCCAGGGCACUGUUACGGUGCUCAGCUCUCAACCCCUUCGAUUUGAUUUCUUGGUUUUCUCCCCCAGCAAAAAGAAAAUAUGGUGACCGUUGAUGAAAUUAGGAAGACGCAACGGGCGGAGGGUCCUGCCACCAUCAUGGCCAUAGGAACAUCGACCCCUCCAAACUGUGUUGAUCAAAGCGCGUACCCUGACUAUUAUUUUCGCAUCACAAACAGUGAGCAUAAGGCGGAGCUUAAAGAAAAAUUCAAGCGAAUGUGUGAGAAAUCCAUGAUCAAGAAGCGGUACAUGUACUUGACUGAGGAGAUCUUGAAAGAAAAUCCUAGUGUGUGUGAAUACAUGGCGCCUUCAUUGGAUGCUAGACAGGACAUGGUGGUGGUCGAGGUACCAAGGUUGGGUAAAGAAGCAGCUACCAAGGCCAUCAAGGAAUGGGGUCAACCCAAGUCCAAAAUAACCCAUCUAGUGUUUUGCACAACUAGUGGCGUGGACAUGCCCGGGGCUGACUAUCAACUCACUAAACUUUUAGGCCUCCGCUCAUCGGUCAAACGUUUUAUGAUGUAUCAACAAGGUUGUUUCGCUGGUGGCACGGUGCUCCGUCUUGCUAAGGACCUCGCCGAGAACAACAAAGGCGCUCGUGUGCUAGUCGUGUGCUCUGAAAUAACAGCCGUGACAUUUCGAGGCCCUAGCGAUACUCAUCUUGAUAGCCUUGUUGGUCAAGCAUUGUUUGGCGAUGGCGCAGCUGCUCUUGUAAUAGGCUCUGAUCCAGUGAUAGGAGUCGAGAAGCCUUUAUUUGAGCUAGUCUCAGCAGCCCAAACUAUUCUACCCGACAGCGAUGGGGCUAUAGAUGGACAUCUCCGUGAAGUUGGGCUUACAUUUCACCUCCUCAAGGAUGUUCCUGGGCUUAUUUCAAAGAAUGUUGAGAAGAGCCUGACUGAGGCGUUCAAGCCUCUGGGCAUCUCGGACUGGAACUCCCUUUUCUGGAUAGCGCACCCUGGUGGACCAGCAAUUCUAGACCAGGUGGAGGCUAAGUUGGCGCUGAAACCAGAGAAACUGCGAGCCACUAGACAUGUGCUGAGUGAGUAUGGAAAUAUGUCGAGUGCCUGUGUUCUGUUUAUUUUGGAUGAGAUGAGAAAGAAAUCUGCUGAGGAUGGGCUUCAAUCUACUGGAGAAGGGCUGGAAUGGGGUGUGCUUUUUGGGUUUGGGCCUGGGCUCACUGUUGAGACUGUGGUGCUCCACAGCGUGGCUCCAACAAUCUAGAUGCUGCUUCUGUUGAUUUACAGGGGCAGCAUCCACUUCAACUUCUGUGGCAUUGUUUUUCUUUUCUUUUCGUUUGGGUUUUCUCUCCUUUGAGGGCAUUAUAAGUGGGCGAGGGAUCAAGGCAAUGGUGUUUGGCUUUACCUUUGUAAUAAUUUUUAUUCGAAAAGCUCUAUCAACAAUUUAUGUUAUUAGAA